AUGUCAUUACCUCAAUCAUCAGCAACAACACAUUCGGCAGGACAGAGCUCUAUACCGAUUCAGACUUUUGCAUCAGGUGGGAGUUUCUUGCCGAUGAAUAUGCUUCCGAACAUUUCGGCAGUUGAUUCCUAUUCAACAGUAACAACGGAUCAGCCCACCGGGAUACAGCAGCAAUCUAGCCAGCAACAGUCCAAUGUGGGAUCAGGUCUGUUUGGAGAAAGAUCGAGUUAUCUCGGGUCUUAUAGAAGUCAAGGGUUACAAACUCCAGCCUUUCAGAGCCUGUUGUUUCAGGCGCCAUGGCCGGUGACUCCAGGAAUGCAGCAGGUGGGAAAUGCAACAAAUAAUACUGUUGCAAGAAAUGCGCAAGAGGCGAAUCAAUUUCAGUUGCAAAAUGCUGCAUUUCCACAGCAAGUUUUACCAAUGCAACAUCGACAAGGAUCAGCGGUGGUCCUAUCACAACUGAGUGGACCAGAAGGUGUGCCUAGGCUAACAAGCCGUAUCGGAAACCAGAAUUUGGGGAAUAGACACAACCCUCGUCACCAGCGUUUAUGGAGCCAAGGAGGUGGUCGUCAUCAGGUUGAUCUUGGUAACGAAGUUAGACAAGAACCGGACGUAGCAGCAAACGAUAAUCAGCAAUAG